AUGUCACUCAGUCCCUGUCACUUAAGUCCCUCAGUCUCUGUCACUCACGUCACUCAGUCUGUCACUCACGUCCCUCGGUCUCCUCUGUCACUCACGUCACUCAGUCUCUGUCCCUCAGUCUCUGUCCCUCACAUCCCUCAGUCUCUGUCACUCAUGUCCCUCAGUCUCUUGUCACUCACGUCCCUCAGUCUCUUCUGUCACUCACGUCCCUCAGUCUCUGUCCCGCAGUCUCUGUCCCUCAUGUUCCUCAGUCUCUGUCCCUCUCAUCCCCCAGUCUCUGUCCCUCUCAUCCCCCAGUCUCUGUCCCUCUCGUCCCUCAGUCUCACUCAGUCUCUGUCCCUUACGUCCCGCAGUCUCUGUCCCUCUUGUCCCUCAGUCUCACUCAGUCUCUGUCCCUCAGUCUCGGUCACUCACGUCACUCAGUCUCUGUCCCUCAGUCUCGGUCACUCACGUCACUCAGUCUCUGUCCCUCAGUCUCGGUCACUCACGUCACUCAGUCUCUGUCCCUCAGUCUCUGUCCCUCACGUCCCUCAGUCUCUGUCCCUCAGUCUCUGUCCCUCAUGUCCCCCAGUCUCUGUCACUCGCGUCUCUGUCCCCCACGUCCCCCAGUCUCUGUCACUCGCGUCUCUGUCCCCCACGUCCCCCAGUCUCUGUCACUCGCGUCUCUGUCCCCCACAUCCCCAGUCUCUGUCACUCGCGUCUCUGUCCCCCACGUCCCCCAGUCUCUGUCACUCGCGUCUCUGUCCCUCACAUCCCCCAGUCUAUGUCACUCGCGUCUCUGUCCUCCACGUCCCCCAGUCUCUGUCACUCGCGUCUCUGUCCCUCACGUCCCCCAGUCUCUGUCACUCGCGUCUCUGUCCCUCACGUUCCUCAGUCUCUGUCCCUCUCGUCCCUGUCCCUCACGUUCCUCAGUCUCUGUCCCUCUCGUCUCUCAGUCUCACUCAGUCUCUGUCCCUUACAUCCCGCAGUCUCUGUCCCUCUUGUCCCUCAGUCUCACUCAGUCUCUGUCCCUCAGUCUCGGUCACUCACGUCACUCAGUCUCUGUCCCUCAGUCUCGGUCACUCACAUCCCUCAGUCUCUGUCCCUCAGUCUCGGUCACUCACGUCACUCAGUCUCUGUCCCUCAGUCUCUGUCCCUCACGUCCCUCAGUCUCUGUCCCUCAUGUCCCCCAGUCUCUGUCACUCGCGUCUCUGUCCCCCACGUCCCCAGUCUCUGUCACUCCCGUCUCUGUCCCCCACGUCCCCCAGUCUAUGUCACUCCCGUCUCUGUCCCCCACGUCCCCCAGUCUAUGUCACUCGCGUCUCUAUCCCCCACGUCCCCAGUCUCUGUCACUCGCGUCUCUGUCCCCCACGUCCCCCAGUCUCUGUCACUCACGUCUCUGUCCCUCACGUCCCUCAGUCUCUGUCCCUGUCCCUCAGUCCCUGUCCCCACGUCCCUGUCCCUCACAUCCCUCAGUCUCUGUCACUCAUGCCCCUCAGGUCUCUGUCCCUCACAUCCCUCAGUCCCUGUCCCUCACAUCCCUCAGUCUCUUCUGUCACUCACGUCCCUCAGUCUCUUCUGUCACUCACAUCAUGCAGUCUCUUCUGUUACUCAUGUCCCACAGUCUCUGUCACUCAGUCUCGGUCACUCACAUCCCUCAGUCUCUGUCCCUCAGUCUCGGUCACUCACGUCACUCAGUCUCUGUCCCUCAGUCUCUGUCCCUCAUGUCCCCCAGUCUCUGUCACUCGCGUCUCUGUCCCCCACGUCCCCAGUCUCUGUCACUCCCGUCUCUGUCCCCCACGUCCCCCAGUCUAUGUCACUCCCGUCUCUGUCCCCCACGUCCCCCAGUCUAUGUCACUCGCGUCUCUAUCCCCCACGUCCCCAGUCUCUGUCACUCGCGUCUCUGUCCCCCACGUCCCCCAGUCUCUGUCACUCACGUCUCUGUCCCUCACGUCCCUCAGUCUCUGUCCCUGUCCCUCAGUCCCUGUCCCCACGUCCCUGUCCCUCACAUCCCUCAGUCUCUGUCACUCAUGCCCCUCAGGUCUCUGUCCCUCACAUCCCUCAGUCCCUGUCCCUCACAUCCCUCAGUCUCUUCUGUCACUCACGUCCCUCAUCUCUGUCACUCUGUCUCACUCAGUCUCUGUCACUCUGUCUCACUCGGUCUCUGUCACUCACGUUCCUCAGUCUCUGUCACUCACGUCCCUGAGUCUCUGUCACUCACAUCUCUGUCCCUCAGGCUCUGUCCCUCACAUCCCUCAGUCUGUGUCACUCACGUCCCUUAGUCUCUGUCCCUCAUGUCUCUGUCCCUCACGUCCCCCAGUCUGUCACUCACAUCUCUGUCCCUCAUGUCCACCAGUCUCUGUCCCUCACGUCUCUGUCCCUCACGUCUCCCAGUCUCUGUCCCUUUGUCAAACUCAGUCUCUGUCCCUCACGUCAUUCAGUCUCUGUCCCUCAGUCUCUGUCACUCACGUCCGUCAGUCUCUGUCACUCACGUCCCUCAGUCUCUGUCCCUCAAUCUCCGUCACUCAGUCUGUCAUUCACGUCACUCAGUCUCUGUCACUCACGUCACUCAGUCUGUCACUCACAUCCCUCAGUCUCUUCUGUCACUCAGUCUCUUCUGUCACUCACGCCACUCAGUCUCUGUCCCUCAGUCUCUGUCCCUCAUGUCCCUCAGUCUCUGUCCUUCACGUCCCUCAGUCUGUCACUCACGUCCCUCAGUCUCUGUUCCGCAGUCUCUGUCCCUCAGGUCCCUCCGUCUCUGUCCCUCUCGUACCCCAGUCUCUGUCCCUCUCGUCCCUCAGUCUCUGUCCCUCUUGUCCCUCAGUCUCACUCAGUCUCUGUCCCUCAGUCUCGGUCACUCAUGUCACUCAGUCUCAGCCACUCACGUCCCCUAGUCUCCGUCCCUUGCGUCUCUGUCCCUCACGUCUCCAGUCUGUCACUCAUGUCUCUGUUCCUCACGUCCCUCAGUCUCUGUCCCUCACGUCCCUCAGUCCCUGUCCCUCACGUCCCUGUCCCUACAUCCCUGUCCCUCAGUCCCCUCAGUCCCUGUCACUCACGCCCCUCAUCUCUGUCCCUCGAGUCCCUCAGUCUCUGUCCCUCACGUCCCUGUCCCUCACGUCCCUUAGUCUCUGUCCCUCACGCCCCUCAGUCCCUGUCCCUCACGUCACGCAGACUCUUCUGUCACUCAUGUCACGCAGUCUCUUCUGUCACUCACGUCAUGCAGUCUCUGUCCCUCAGUCUCUGUCCUUCACGUCACUCAGUCUCUGUCCUUCACGUCACUCAGUCUCUGUCCCUCACGUCCCUCAGUCUCUGUCCCUCACAUCCCUCAGUCCCUGUCCCUCACAUCCCCCUGUCCCUCACAUUCCCCAGUCCCUGUCCCUCACAUCCCCCAGUCCCUCACGUCCCCCAGUCCCUGUCCCUCACGUCCCCCAGUCUCUCAUGUCCCCCAGUCUCUGUCCCUCACAUCUCUGUCCCUCAUGUCCCCCAGUCUAUGUCCCUCAGUCUCUGUCCCUCACAUCCCUCAGUCUCCGUCACUCACGUCCCUCAGACUCAGUCUCACUCAGUCACUGA